GUGGACAAGUUGAUUCCUGUGCCAGUCAUCAUGUUGUGUAAAGGAAGCCUGAUAUGGCUUCUGAGUCCUGGCGACCACAGAAUAGAGGUUCCGAAGGAUGUGACUCUGAACUCACAGAGAGCAUGGUGUGGCCUAAUACCCCUUGGCCAUCCAACUAUUGUCACAACUUCGGGUUUGAAGUGGAAUCUGGAUAAUCAGGAACUGAGUUUCAGCUCAUUGAUAAGCACCUCAAACACCUAUGACCCCAAGUGCAGCAGUGUCAGUAUCAGCACGUCACAGCCUCUGAUUUGGACAAUGGGUAUUGAGGCUAAUCCAGAAUGGGUAUCCUCCCGCCUUUCCAAGGAAUCCUGCAUUAAUGGUGAUGCUGUGCAAGGUGUGGAUAAGGAUCAGGUUUGCCAAAGUCUGGAAAAUGAAAGUCGGUGAUUUUCUCUUUUAUAGAAAGUUAGAUUGAUUAUAAUUUGAUUUAGCAUAGGUAUUCUUUAUGACUAAGUGCAUUUGUAUGUACUUUUAUUUAGAAACCCAGUGAUAUUCUCUUGUACUUCAUUUAUUUAUCAUGUGCAUGGAACACUUAGUACAAAAAGAUUACUUAGAAAUAAUAGAAACCCUUUUUUUAAGCUACUAGAAAUAUUGUUUUGUUUUAUUUAGUAUAUCUUAUAUUGUUUGUUAGGAAAUUGAUUUAGUGCGGCUAGAAUACUUAAGAAUUAUAUAGAUCUGGGGUCAGCUUUGUAUACGGGAAGCAGGUUUGGUUGGCCAGUCAUUCAGUAUCAUAUGGCUGGUAGUUGUCUCAUAGCACUUAAUCUUCAGACACUUUUGAUUGACUGCUUAACCCGCUAAUGUCAGGAUGGCAUGUAUGAAUGCCCUAUUCACCAUGAUUUUAGUUUAUUAAUUUUGUUUAUACAAAUAGCUCCUCAAGUGCUUAGUCACACACAACUAGGGAUACCUAUCUCACUUGUUUACCUUAUUCUUUGAAAUUUGGGGAAAACAUGUUUUUAUUUUCAUUAUUAUUAGUAUGUAUUGUAAUGUUAUGAUAAUGAUAAUAACAAUACUAAUAAUAUUAUUACAAAGAAAACAACCACAACAGGUAUUCCUAGUAACUGAAUCCUUGGUGACUACAAGCUUGUGAAGUGCAUGUAUCAAGGACCAGUGGGUUUAACAAGAUAAACAGACAUAACAUGGUCCUAAUGUUCAUGUAUGCAUGUAUGUAUGUAUGUGUGUGUGUCCAUAUCGGUGCAUGACAUAU